CAUCUCGCGAAUAAGAACGAGCGCUCAGCACGAUGGGGUUGACAGCCUUGUUUCCAACGACCUUCAGUGUGGUCAUCUUUGUGAGCUACAUGGGUCUAUUUAUCAAUCAAGGACUCUUGAUCACUGCUUCCAAGAACGCGCAGAACGGUUACAAUUACAACAUGACAACCGUCGUGUUACUGACCGAGCUGCUCAAGAUGCUGCUUGCCAUCGGAUUGUUUGUGCGAAGCCACUCGUUCAAGCGGUACUUUGAGGAAGCCAAGAAACACCGACGCAUGCUCCUCUUCUACACAGUCCCGGCCUUCCUGUACUGCUUGUACAACAACCUGACGUUUGUCAAUCUGUCCAACUACGAUCCGACCUCGUACUUUUUGCUGCUCCAGCUGCGAGUCGUCGUCACCGGCGUCGUCUUUCAAAUCCUCUUCCGAAAGCGCCUGUCUCGCAUGCAGUGGAUCUCCCUCUUCAUCCUGACCACCGGCUGUGUCGUCAAGGAAUGGGGCAACGGCCACAAGUCCAAACCAGCACCACUCCCGCAACCGUUGGUCACUGGUGCCAGCGGACUUCAUGAGGUUGGGGUGCGAGAGAUUGAGGCAGAAAUCGGCCAGCGCAGGUUCAAACGCAUCGACGAAGGCGACAUCCCGGCGCCCAUUCAGCGACUCGCUCAACCCGAAGACGGUGGUCCAGCGCCGCAUCAGCAGAAUGGCAUCGUUGCAAUGGCAGCGCUCGAUACACCGGACAAUGUGGGCACCAAGCAACAACAGAAACAGCUGGCAAAGGUGGAGGCGGCGCUUGACACGGCGGAUGGCUCGGUUUGGUCCAUGUCCGACCUGCUCUCCAGCAUGAGCGGCGAUCGUAGUUCACUGUUGAACGUGUUUUUCAUAUUGAUCUUGGUUCAGGUGUUUUGCUCGUGCUUUGCGGGAGUCUACAACGAAUACCUGCUCAAGUCGCUCGGCUCGGACAUGGACGUUCAACUGCAGAACAGCUUCAUGUACCUGAAUUCCAUCAUCUUUAACGUCUUUGUGCUUGCCGCGACUGGCCAGCUUGGCAACGCCGUGAGCAGCGAGAAUGUCGCUGCCAUCUUUUCGAUUCGAGUCUUCCCAAUCGUUCUCAACAAUGCCUUGAUUGGCAUUGUCACCUCCCUCUUCCUGAAGACACUCGAUUCGAUUGUGAAGGUCUUUGCGAGUGCCCUGGAGCUCAUCUUCACGGCCCUGCUGUCGUGGCUUUUCUUUGGCUUUGCGAUCGACGGGUACACGGUGAUUGCCAUUGGCUUUGUUUCGCUGGCCAUUUAUCUCUAUGCGAAAAAUCCCGUGCAAUCCCCGCAGCCAGCGACACUGCCUGUUGUGGUGGCAAAGGAUUCCAACCAACAAUAACGCCUGCGCUCAGACAGCGCAUCGUUGCUUUUGUGUUUGUUUUGUGUUUGGCUUUGUUUGAUUUUUUUAAGUUUGUUGCUUUUUCGGAUCUCUGUUCAAAUGCAUUUGUGACCCCUUUGCUAUGUUUCUUGUCCCGCAUUUGCUGAUUAUGUGUUGGUUGUUCUUAAAUUAUAAUGCCUUCC